CAUCUUUUGAAUCUGGGGAUCUAGAUCUUUCUGGAAGAUACUGGGCACAGCCGUCCCCGAGAUGAGGUACCAAGCAAGGCGGUCGAAAUAACCCAGAAUUGAAAAAAAAAAAAAAAGAUUAAAACCCUCUUCCUUGCAAAAUAGAAAAAGAAGCCCCUUUCUCAAGAAAUUUUAAUUUCCAGCCCAAAGUUCACCGUUCGUCGUCAAUCUUGCGCUCGUUUUUUAAUCUCAAGUUGCUAUUCCGGUGACCUCUAGAUCAUCGUAGGUUCAUUUUCCAUCUUCCUGCAUUCGAAAGGUAUUGCUAUGGCGGAUCAGCAACCCAGCACAAGUGAUGCAUCAAAUGGUAGUUCGGAUUCAUCUGUGGAGCUGAACAUCAAAACUCUGAAUUCGCAGAUCUACAGCGUCGUUGCAGAUAAGAAUGUAAUACACUGUUGUCAUCUGAGACAGUUGUGAAAUUGGUUAGAAAAGAUUGGGCAAAUGCACCUUAUUUGAGCCUGACUUUCUUAUUCAAAGAUGAGUAAUUCUAAUUAAUGUCAACAUGGACAAUCUUUUUAAUUCCAAGUUGCCUUUCUUAGACGUGAAAAUUACACAGGGCAGGCAUGCAGAAGGAUUUAAAUCUGUGUGUGUGAUUUCAUAAAUUAUUGAAUAGUUUUUUGAGAUCCUCUUAGCAUUGUUCUCGUGGGAGAGUGUUUGCAGCGUUAUGGUGGCUUAUUUAAUCAUAGGGAGGGAAGUUUCACUUUUGUUAAUUCUUUCAGCUAGUAUUCCUCUAGUUUUAUAUGUCACGUUGAUGUAUUGUGAUUAAGGUCGCCCUAUGCAUUGAUACCAGCUGAUUCAAUGUCUGUCUGAUUGUCAGAUGCUCGUGUCAGCAUUUAAAGAGAAAAUAGCUGGUCAAGUUGGCCUUCCGGUAGAGCAGCAACGGCUUAUUUUUAGAGGCAAGGUCCUGAAAGAUGAACACCUUCUUUCUGAGUAUCGUAUCCUGCCUAUGGAGGCCCAUGAUGAAUGUUCUGUUUUGAUGUUGGGCAAUUUUAAAGUUAAACUAUUUAAACUUUGCUUACUUCGUUCCAUUCAUUUGUGGGGAGUUACAAAUUCCAUUGGGAUGCUAGCUAAUUUUGUGCUUUGUGCAUCGAUUGGUAUUUUCAUCUCACUAUGUUUAUAUCGACAAGCUCUGCAGGUGGCUACUUUAAGUAGUCCUUGAAGUUUAGUUUGCACUUGUUUUGAGUCAUUUAAUUUAAAGUUUUUUUUCUUUUUGCCUGCACCAAGCAGAUAUGUUCUUCUAUAACAGAGACCCUCUAGUCUUCUUUAUACUAAGAAAAUAAAUGAUGUCGUACUAAUGACUACUAAUGACUGGCAAAUGAUGUCGUAGGUUAUUACGGAUAUGUAAUCUAGUAUGAAGUGCCAUUAAUCUGUUGCAAAUGUAGAUAUUGUUUAUGUUAGCUACAAGUUAACUUCGUUGUCUUAUGUUCUGUAUUUCCUUUUAUGCAAUUUAUAAUUGAUGCUUAUUGAGUUUGCCUUCUAGUAACUUUCUCAUUUCUUCAUUUUCUUUUAAUGACUUCCUGCAACUUAAGAGAGGUUAAUCAUAACAAAUUCUUAGAUUCUGCAAGAUACGUUCAGUGUGGAUGUAGUCUCUAUGCAUGGAGCUUCAUUUAGGGAAUAUUUUAUUGUUAAACCUUGACACUAUCAUAGAUGUGGAAAAUGGUCAUACAUUACACUUAGUUGAGAGGCAGCCUUCUCAAUCACAACCGUCAUCUGGUCCAAAUGCUGGUUCAAACAACAGCGGGAGGAUUGGGCAGGAACCUGGUGUUGGUGGUCCACGCGGUCGUGUGGGCCAAAUAUCGCACAGUGUUGUUCUUGGGACCUUUAAUGUUGGCGAGCAAGGAGAAGGCACCAUGCCAGAUUUAAGUCGGGUUAUUGGGGCUGUUUUAAACUCUUUCGGUAUCGGUAACCAGCCUGGUAUGCAACCCAGUGUACAGGUUCCCCAAAGAAAUGGAGCUGAAGGAACAACAAAUGGGUCUGGCUCUCAAAAUUCUGGUGUGAACCCGUCACAGACAGGACAAUCUUUUACUGGUCAAUCUUUGCCUCAAGUAGUGCAAAUUCCUGUUGGCGCUGCUAUUGCAAUUCCUUCGUUUAAUAUGCCUAUUCCUGAUUCUCUGAGCACAAUUUGUGAGUUUGUGAACCGUAUGGAGCAGGCAAUGUCAGAGCAAGGGUAUCAGCCAAGCCAAUCACCUCCUAGCACUGAUAAUUCACGCACGAAUGCACUUCCUUACUCCCCUCUUGGUAUCCCAUCAGCAGAGGCAUUGAGCAUUGUUUUGCGACGUAUCCAGCAUCUUAUUGGUGGUCAGGGGAUUGCAGCACUAUCUCAUGUUGCAGGUCGUUUGGAGCAGGAGGCAGGUUCUAAUGAUCCAACUGUAAGGGCACAAAUCCAGAAUGAAUCAAUUCAAGUAGGUCUUGCGAUGCAACAUUUAGGUGCUUUGCUCCUAGAGCUUGGGAGAACAAUGUUGACCCUGCGAAUGGGUCAAUCUCCGGCCGAAUCUUUUGUAAAUGCUGGACCUGCUGUUUAUGUAUCCCCAUCUGGUCCAAAUCCUAUUAUGGCUCAGCCAUUUCCCCUUCAAAGCACCUCCAUUUUUGGUGGUCCAACAGCUGUUCCACCAAAUUCUGGGAUGUUAGGACCUAUUGGGCUCGGGAGCACUCCGAGAAAUGUAAAUAUCCAUAUACAUGCUGGGGCAUCGCUACCUCCUUUUGUUUCGGGAGUUGGAACUAGAAACAGUAAUGCAGAAGGAACUCAAGGGGAACGUGUAGAUGGAUCUGGUUCUGGUUCUGGUGAUUCUGGUCAAUCUCGAGUUCAUCCUUUGAGAAAUUUCAAUGUUGCAGCUGUUCCGGUACGACCUGCUGGUGUUGCCGUUUCGGGUACUGCAGAGCCCAGUGUUGGUAUUGCCCUCUCUCCAGCAGACUUCUUUCCAAGACCUGGUGUCGUAUCUCAAGUCAAUCUGCCUGUGGGAAACUCUGCUGGAACUUUUAGCAGCGAAAACCCAGCCCCAUCAGGUCAAGCUGAUAAUUCAGGAGUUAAAGAGCGAGCUGUUGGAUCUGAUACUGGGAGUGUUAGUAGGUCUAGUGAAACUAGUCAACCACCUGCUAGUGUUCUAGAUACCAAUAAUGUUGAGUCUUGCAAUGGGCAGGGUGAAAUUGCCAAGGAGCUCUCUGAAUCUUCUAGCAGUCCAGUUGGAGACGCAUCUGGACCAUUAGGCACCCAAAAGGUGACCGAUGGGCCUUCAAGUUCGACUCAGGAGAGGGGUAACUCUCAGGAUUCCUCUUCCGUUCCUAUUGGAUUGGGCCUCAAAGGAUUGGAGGCCAAGAGGCGAGCUAAGCCAAGAUCGCAAGGCAAAAGUAAUGAUCCCAUGGCUACUUCUAGCCAGUCGGAUGAAUCAAGGAUUGCUGGACAACAGGUGCUGCAGUCUCUUGCAUCAUUUGCAGCAAGAAAUAGAGAUUCGCGGAAUGCAGGACAGGCCCCACAACCUUCCAGUUUAGUUACAAACCGUGCAUCUGCAAGACAACGUGCGGAUGCCUCGUUAGACAUAGGGGAUGCCAUGAGUCAGGUUCUCCAAAGCCCUGCUUUGAAUGGUUUAUUGGCGGGGGUUUCACAGCAGACGGGUAUUGGUUCACCCAAUGCAUUGAGGAAUAUGAUGGAACAAAUGACCCAGAAUCCAGCAAUGCGUAAUACAGUCAAUCAAAUAGCUCAACAAAUGGACAGUCACGAUCUUGGAGACAUGAUGGCCAGUUUGGGUGGAGGUCAAGGUGGUGGUUUUGAUCUGUCAAGAAUGGUCCAACAGAUGAUGCCCAUUGUUUCUCAGGCUCUUGGCGGUGUCUCUACGGGGCCUUCGCCCCUUGCCGUUGGCUCAGAUCGCAUGGAGAGUAGACCAAGGGGAGAGGUUCCUUCCAUUGUUGAAAAUUCUCAGGUUGACCUCCAACAAGUGGUACAAGGAAUUGAACAACAGAGUCCGCCUGAAGAAAUAUUCCGAUUGUUGAUUGAAAAUGCUAUGCAUUUGUAUGAAGGUGGCAGCAACCAGUCAAAUGUUGUGAAUGAACUAUCAAGCGUGGAGGGGCUCUCCGAUGAAUUUAUAGAGAUGUUGCGUCAAGAUAUACAGCAGCGAGUUCAGGACGAAAGUAACUUGUAAUAGUAGUACCACAAUUGUUGUGGGUUGUUGUCUUGGUUAGUAGUAUUAAUCUGGAAUUGGGGUCUUUGUUCUUGGUAGAAGGUAAACGAAGUGGCCUAUUUUGCACAUUUUGACAACAAUUGAUCUGUAUAUCUGGAGUACAGUACCCUUUGUACAAAAGUUUAGAAUGAGGGUUAUAUUAUUGGUGAAGUUUCCAGAACCCCUACCGGGCUGAGGAUUUUUUAUUUUGUGUUGAAGCUUUCACAAUGUUUAGAGAUUAAGCUUUAGUACAUCACUUUACAUUCUCCGGUGACCUGGUAUACUUCUGAGUCAACUGUUAUCAGUGGCGACGAUAGGCCAUCCAACCUUUUGAUUUACGUAUUUGUAUGUCAUGUUUAAUUUAAAUAUUAAUUUUUUUAAUAAUAUGGUUUUAUAAUAAUACUAUUUUUUA